CGCGGCGGAGCCUGGGCGCUGAGGUACCGGGGCCGGGAGGAAGGGGCCGCGCUUCUGCCUGGCGGGGAGCGGGGGGCUCAUGGCCUCGCGGCGGCCUGGACUGCCUAGUCGCUUCGGGGCCGCCACUCUCCGGUCUCCCAGGCGACCCUCUUGCAGCUGGAGGGGCGCUGACCGCGACUGCCGAGGGCUGGCCCCAGUUGGCUGGGGUUGGAGUUAAGAAAAUGAGGCAGAAGGAGGUGUUAACCAAGACCUUCCAAGGCCCAGCUGCCGUCUGUAGGACUCCAACCAGCCACGUGUACAUGUUUAAGAAUGGCAGUGGGGAGUCGGGGGACUCCUCUGAGGAGGAGUCACACCGUGUGGUUCUGCGGCCCCGGGGCAAGGAGCGCCGGAUGCGCGGGGCCCACCACCCUCACCAGCCGGAAGCAGGCGAAGUGGUGCUGCUGCAGCGGGAGCUGGCCCAGGAGGACAGCCUCAACAAGCUGGCUCUGCAGUAUGGCUGCAAAGUCGCAGAUAUCAAGAAAGUCAACAACUUCAUCAGAGAACAAGACUUGUAUGCUUUGAAAUCUAUUAAGAUUCCAGUGAAAAACCAUGGGAUCCUAACAGAGACCCACAAAGAACUAAAACCCCUCCCAAACCCAUCUUCAGAGACCAAAGUGACCAUGGAACUGCCGGAGCUGGACACAGCAACCACAAGUGCCAACACCCAGGCCAACCAACUGACGGAUUUCUUUAAGGGGAUUGAUCAGAAUAUUGAGCACGUAGUACAGUCAGAAAUCUUUUCAUGGGAAAGUUACUACAUAGAGACCUCGGAUCAGCCCUUGCUGCCAGCUGCUCUGAAGACGACAACAAAUGGUGCAGAUUGUGGAAUUCAGUGGUGGAAUGCCGUUUUUAUCAUGCUUCUAAUUGGGAUUGUUUUGCCAGUCUUUUACUUGGUCUAUUUUAAAAUACAAGCUACUGGUGAGCCCCCUAAUAGCUUGAACAUAACUGUCCCCAGUGGUUCGAUGGCUAUGGGUGCAAGUCCAGAGCAAGCCCCCAGAUUAGUGAUUCCAGCGCCAACCAUCACUGCUUCAGACAGCCAGUUCAGUCAGACCACCCCGGCAGGGAACUAAGCUCUUGUUGUCAAGAAAUUAACCCAGCUUUAGCAGUUGGCUGUUGAUAUGCACCAGCUGUCAUUGCCAUAGCCUAGGGGUGCUGCCUUUGUUUUCCUGGGACAGGUGGAUGCAUUUCCAAAGUCACCGAAGAGUUCUUGAUCACACCAACCCUGGGGAAUGGCCUUGCCUAACCCCAGGCUGAAGGAUCCCAAAUACCCAUGCCCUCGGCCUUCUGUCUUCAGAGACAUGCAGCGAGAAAGCCAUUUGCCUGUGUCCGGUGACUGUUUCUUGAAGACAUUUAGUGGACUGGCCAUGUCUUCACGGCAGCACUGUGUGGGCCCCCAAGUUGGACAUGCUCGCAGGGAGAGGAAUGGCCUCGGCCAAGGCACCUGCAGCGUGGGAUCCGUGUGGGUCUCCUGGUUGUGGCAAUUCCCCCUGCUGUGGAAGGAGGACUGACUCCAAGAAGCGGCAUCCUAUAUCUCCCUGGCAAAGGUUGCUGUGGAGUCGUCUUGGCAUGUCACCUUAUUUUGGAGCAUGACAAAUUACAUUUGUAAGAGGCCCACUUCAUAUCUGCCUCUUCAGUUAGCCUUUGUGAGGCAAUGCCAUGUCUCGAAUUGAAAAAGCCCUAACUCCAAAUUGCUACACUAUUGAGUAAAUGGCAGUUCUAGUCCUUGUCCUUUUAGAGCACAGAGUCUGACUCACAGGUACGUCUUAAGCCAAACACAUGGGCCAUUGCCCAGUUCUGCAGGAAUGGCUCUCUGAAUUCUCCAAGACAGUAUUCUUGGAAAGAUCGAUUGCUGGUCAGUGUCUGGAGAGGAAGAUGAGUACCCGUGGCUGAGGUUCCACACUUGGGGGUGUCUGAGGCUGUCGCCAGGCCAGUGUCCCAGAGAGCAGCUGAGCCCCUGUGUAAAGCUGAACCGGGAGUUCUCCCUGCUGCUUUCCUGACUCUAGUCUUGGGAACUCUAGAUCCCCCGUCCCAGAGUGCGGCUCCAUCCUUUCUCCAUGGUGAUAUGGUGAUACCCCUAGAUGAAUGCUAUGUACACUGUAGCUCAUGAUAAAAGACCAAACACUUCAUGGAGGGCUAGAGGUGACUUGCUGUGAAAGGCUGUAGAGGGGACCUAUGGCUUGUCCCUCCCUGACAAGGCAACAGCAGUGCUGCCAGUGGGCUGGGGACAAGAGCCUGCUGCUGCCUGGAAGACCGUGGCAUAGGGAAAGGAGGUGCUGAGGUGGCUGGCAGCCCAGUCUCUGAGGUCAUGGACCGGGAGGAAAACGUGCUGCUCAAAUGCUGGGCUUCAUGAUGGUCAUGGCAUUUGACACAUCAGGUCUGGAGAGACGUUUAAAAGAUCUCACCUUGUAAGAGGGCAGGAGUGGGCAGAACUGCUUGAGGUAGGCUUCCAAGUUCCUUCUCUCGGUUGUGAAAAAAGUUUGCCCAGGGUUCAAUUAGCACAUUUAAAUUAUCUUCAAAAUCAUUUUCUUAGAGACCAAAAUGAUCUUCAGGAUAAAAAGAACUGAACUUUUGCUACAAGAAACUUUUUGAUCAGUGAGUGCUUUUCCAGCCAAAUGUUUAUGUUUGAUGUGCCACAGAGGGCCACAGCUCCCUCUAACAUGUCACCCUAACCUCACCAAGCAGGGCUAGAAGUCCCAUGGGAAAAAUCACUUUUGCCAGGCAAAGGAUGAAUGUCUGUAUCCUUGACUUUUCUCUAAUGGAAUAAAAUCGUUUCGUCUAUGAAGGAAAACUGACUCCCCCUUUUCAAAUUUGGGGAUUGAUGAUUCAGAACUAAAAGAUGUGGGUGGGAUGCUGCUGGAGAAGAUGGAGGUGUGCAUCUCAGGAGUGAGGACAGAGCCUUCUGCUGUGCCUGGACUCGGCCGCCCAGGGCUUGUGUGUGCCCCAGAUGACACGCACAGGUGAAGGACACAAGGUGGGAACCAGCAUGCUCAGGCGGUGCGAACUGCAUAUGUGCUUUACAGUUGUUUAAUUAGGCAUACACAAACACCACGAAGCUCAUUUCCUCCAUAUUUUACAACAUCUUCAAUGUCUUUGGGGAGUUAAUGUUUUAAAUAAAUCAUUUUGCUAUAGUC